AUGGCACCUCCGGCUUCAACUAGACGAGGCAAGUCGACCACACCUAACUGCCUUGACACUCUUCAAGGAGGGAGUGGGAGGAAGGCAAGAGAUUAUGGACUUGAGGACAACAGAAGUGCAAAGGGAGAGAGAAAUAGAGAAGAUAAGAAUUAUACAGAUGAUACUGAGCACUUAAUACAUAUAAAAAAGAAGUGGUCGGAAAACCAAGGUCGCGUGACGGAGGUGGUGACGCUGGUAGGGGGCAGAGCCAGGCUUCCCUGCGACAUAACGCAGUUCGGUGACACUCCAAUACUCGUCCUGGUGUACAACGGCGCCACGGGCAGACCCGUGUACAGCAUCGACUCCCGAAGUGGGUCCAUGGAGAGUUCGGUGCACUGGUCGGCGUUAGGAAACAGGGCCCAGUUCGACGUCUCUUCACAUAGCCAGAGCCUCAUCAUUACUCAUGUCCAGGCGGAUGACGACGGCAUCUACCGUUGCAGAGUUGAUUUUAGGUCCUCCCCCACCAGAAACACAGGAGUGAAUCUUCUAGUUGUUGUUCCGCCACAGAGGGUGAAUAUCCUAAACUCAGAAGAGGUGGAGGUCACCGGAGUGAUUGGACCUUACUCUCUAGGAGGCAGCCUCGUCUUAACUUGCCAGACCACAGGAGGCCGGCCUUCCCCUCGUGUGACCUGGUGGCACGAAGGGUCACUGCUUGAUGCCAUCAGCGAGACCAACAGCAGCCAGGUCACAAGAAACACCCUGACCUUGCCUAACCUGACUCGCCACCACCUCUUCCGGGUCAUCACGUGUCGGGCCUCCAACUCUAAUUUGACCCAAGCUUCCCAUGCUUCCGUCACCAUCGACAUGAGCUUCCCUCCCCUGGACGUGAGGAUCCUAGGAACGAACACGGCUCUGCAAGAGGGUCAACACUACUCAUUCAAGUGUGAGUCGAACGGCUCAAGGCCUCCUGCUACACUUUCGUGGUGGAUGGACGGUGUUAUGAUGAGCGCUGCACGCGAUCAGGUGUCAGUCGAGGCCAAUGUGAGCAGGACAACCCUCCACCUGACCCCCACCAGGAACAACGACGGUGCCAUCGUCUCCUGCAGGGCUGAGAACUCUGCUCUCCCUGGAGCUGCCAUGGAGGACUUUAUCAAACUCACCGUGUUCUAUGAGCCUCAGGUGGAACUCAGGACAGGACACAAACUCUCUCUCGCCAGCAUCAAGGAGGGAGAUGACGCUCAUCUCGAGUGUAUCGUUCAGGCCAACCCCCCUCCACACACUCUCACUUGGUUCUUCCAGGGCGAGGAGCUGCACCAGAACGUCAGUGCGGGAAUUGUCAUCACCAAUCAGAGCCUGGUCCUUCAGAACGUCGGCCGUAACUUCACCGGUAGAUACACCUGCAGCGCUUUCAACACCCGUGGUUCAGCCUCCUCCCAGCCCCUCAAUCUCAACGUUAAGUACCCUCCAGUAUGCGCAGAGGACCAGCGCUGGACGUACGGAGGAGGCCGCGGCGACCAGGUGAAUAUCACGUGUGAUGUUGAGUCGCAGCCAGAACCCCACACCUUCCGCUGGGCCUUCAACACCUCCUCUGAGAUGCAGUACAUCUCUAAAAACCGUAUCCACUUCGCCAGAGGUCGAAGCGUCGUGGCCUACACCCCCAUCACCCACCAGGACUUCGGCACUCUCCUCUGUUGGGCUGUUAACGAAGUCGGGUCGCAGUCGCAGCCUUGCGUCUACCUCGUUGUACCUGCCGCGGUGCCGGAUCCCGUUAACAACUGUAGCGUGUGGCACAACGCAAGCGCCGCGGGAGAGGUGGUGGUGUCCUGCGAAGCUGGCUGGAGUGGUGGCCUGACCCAGACCUUCACCUUAGAGGUACGACAGAUUUCGGCGUCGGGGAAGUUAGGAGAGAUCGUGGCCUCGUUCGUCCAGCAGACACAGCCUCACUUCACCGUGACAGGUCUUGCCCCGGGUACGGAAUACCAGCUUGCGGUGGGGGCAUCCAAUACCCAGGGCGCCGCCCCGGCUACCCUCCUGUUACACCACACGCCCAUAGACGUAGCAGAAAAGAGAAUGAGUGCAGCUGCCGCGGAGUCCUUCGGAAUGGGUCUCAAUCGGAUGAUGAUUGCGGGGAUCCUGGCGGUGGUGGUGGGUUCCGUGGGCUCGCUGGUGAUCUGCUCGAUGGUGCUGGUGCUCGUGGUGCGUGGUCGCCACAGACACGUACGUGGCCAGCCCGGGGCCAUGUAUGAUAAGGCGGCCGUGACUGCGGGCAAGACUUGCGACCAUGGAGGAAGCUUCGAGCACCUCCACCGAGGGCCAGACCUCAUCCUCGUCAAGACUGGCAACAAGGAAGGUGAGAAGCAGCAUCCACUCCCCUCUGUUGUGCCUUGUGGUGCUCCAGCAGCUGGUACCUUAACACGUGAUCACCAGGUGGGACCUUCCUCCACCUCUUCUAUCAUCAACGCCGGUAUUCUUAACCUCGCUUCCACCACCGCCACCGUCAGCAGCAGUAACCUUGGUGGCAAUGGCAGCAACAGCACCAGCAACAAUAGCAUCAGUCCCAGCAUUAACAGCCAAGGUCAAAGUGCAUCCCCUUCAGCAGCCAAUGUUACAAUUUUAAGUCCCCCUAAAGGCACAGUUCUGAGCACUUUGGAGCACUCUGCCACAAGUGGCAGCGGCGGUCUUAUGAGCUCCAGCACUGAUGCGCUCAUAAAUCCAAGCGGUGCCGCUAUUAUGAAUCCCAGCGGGGCCAUGAUGGAAGGCAGCAACGCGGCCAUAAUCCACUCCGGAGAACCUCUGGUGAGCCAAAGAAAUCGCCAGAUGUCACUGGCGUCUCCGGCUACACUGGAAGACUUCCACAGCCGGGUGACUCACCCCUCGUCGUCCCCUGGUGCAGGGCGACGACCUUCCUUCACAUCAUCUUCCCCCACCAUCACCACCUCCUCCACCAUGCCUCGUCGGCGUUCCUCCGCCGUGGCCCUUCCUCCAGACUUCCUCCACCACGACCUCAAUACCAGCAGGGAGAGCUGCGUCUAGUUACCAGGUGACUGAGAGGAGAGAUGCUCCGCUGUAGUUAAGACGUUUCCUGUUACCCAUGACCAUAUGAUAUUUUGGAUAAUAUGUUCCACGAUCUCUAUGAUCCUAAGGACCUCACGUUUCCCUGUCCUACAAAUUCCAGUGGUCCAAGUGCUCGCAUAGGACAUACGUUCCUCCUGGUCCAAACGACUUCCAGGUCCACACUACAAUGUUUCAUAUGUUCACAGAGACUUCCUAGAACUUUAUACAUUACUUCCCAGAACGGUCACCAAGCGUGGAUGAUCUAUGAAAACCCUUAACCAAGAAUGUCCGAAUAUUUCAUUCAACUUUUGACUUUCAAACUGUAGAGGACCUGAGAUAUAAAAUGAAAUGUAUCAUUUCGUUCAGUUACAGUCCAAUUUUCUCUAAUUAAGUUCUCAUAUUCAUAGAAGCAAAUGAUAAUUAUAUUUAUUUUGUGUUAAUAUUAAUUUGCUUCCAUUUUCUGCAAAGCCUUCAUCUUAUGUAACCGGAUGAUGUGUUUUGAUUGAUUAUUAUAUGUUUUAUAUGUAUA